CCUACAGUGAGAGAUUUAGUGGAAGAAAAGCCCACAACUGGAAGCAAACCACGAAGUACGACGAGGGAAGAUCAACAAGUGAACCAGCCCGAGUACUGAGAGCAUCAACUGGAGAGAACCCAUCUGACUCAGAGUUUCCAUUGAUUCAGUCAGGAGAAAGUUUGGGUAUCACCAGCAGGUGGAGCUUUCCUGCUCCGGGACCAAAGUGUAAACAAGACGACGGCAAUCAACAAUCGUCAGUCAGAUACAGAAUGGACAAAGGUAGGAAAUCGAAACGGGUAGGGAAAGUACUGAAGAGGAUUUUACCAGCCGGAUUAUCGAGGGAAGAUGAUAGGGACAAGGGAAGCAAUGUACCAAAACAGGGUCAGAUUGAGAGCAAUGUCCCAGAAUGCAGUACGGCCGACGAGGAAGUGGAGAAAAUUCAGCCCAGAGACACCGAUCAGGACCCUGGAACCGGCACAAGUGAGGCGACUGCCUGUCAGCUCGGAAGCUCAUUGGAAACUGAAUUGUCAAGUCCCCAACAAGGAGCGGAUCCAGAGUUCACGAUCUAUGACCUCCUGGCAGAGGGGGAGGAAUAUCGACUGUACCAACUGACAAAGUUCUACAGGGACAGAAUCAAACAGGCUAUUGAAGAAAAGGUUGAAAGACUUGGCUGGGUGUUGACAAAGGAGGGACAUUUCAGUAGAGAAGAGAAUGAGAAAGUCACUGAACUGACAGAGAAGGGAAACCGGGCAGAGAGUUCCAGACUCUUCCUCAGUUUGGUGAAUGGCAAAGGCUCCCGGGCCCGGAGGACGAUGUGGGAAUCCUUUCUGAUGUGGAGGACUGAGUUACCGAAGUUGGACAGAAUACUGAGGGAAAUACAGGAACUCGGUCCUGAUCCACAGGAAUACAUGAACAUCGCCCAAGGGUUAUCUGAGUUAUACAUUCAACUGAUCGAUGUUCAACAGAAACACAAGGAGACGCUGCGGGCACAAACUGAAACACUGAGAGUGAACACGAUCCUGAUGAGGGAGAAGGUGAAGGUUUUCCAGCUGGCUGAUCGAUACGCUGAGCUCACGGUCAUUUCUACUGUUCGAGAUCGGACACAGGUGGAACAAGAGCUGCUGGCAAGAGGCAGAGUCCACGAGGAGUGGCGACAGAAACAUCUCCGCCGAGAGUUGGAAAAAAUCCGGACUGAUCAGUUACUCCAAAAGAGCUUUUCCCGGAGUAAAUCCAAAUCUGGGACUUCGGUAGCAGUGGCCGGAGUCCCGGGGAUAGGGAAAACAACGAUGGUACAAAAGAUCGUUAAUGACUGGGCCACGGGGAAAAUAUACCAACAAUUCCAGUUUGUCUUCAGUUUUAAAUUCCGGAUUUUAAACACCAUUAAUUGUAGAAUAAACCUGAAGGAACUGAUUCUGGAUCAGUAUCCUUACUUUGGAAAUUCCCUGAGAAAGGUCUGGAAGAACCCAGAGGGAUUAUUGUUUAUAUUCGAUGGUUUAGAUGAAUUCAAACACAAAAUCGAUUUUGCGGACUGUCGGAGAGCUACAGAACCCAAGCACCAGUGCCCAGAUCCCGAGUGGUGGUGUGAACUGUCUGACAUUGUGUACAGUUUAAUCCAGGGCAAGCUGCUCCCAGGGUGUUCAGUGCUGGUGACCACCCGCCCCACUGCGUUACGUUUAUUGGAAAAGGCAGAGAUCGGUAUCCGGGCUGAAAUCCUGGGAUUCGUUGAUGAGGAACGGAAGGAAUAUUUCAUCAGACAUUUUGAAGAUCAGACGGUGGCGGAAGCUGUUUUCAAACACGUGAAGGACAACGAGAUCCUGUACACCAUGAGCUACAACCCCUCCUACUGCUGGAUCCUCGCUCUGGCACUGGGUCCCUUCUUCACACAAAGAGUCAGGGACCCACAGCGAGUUCCCAAGACUAUCACCCAACUGUACUCCUACUAUAUUUACAACAUCCUGAAAAACCACAGCCGUGAGAUUGAGAACCCCCGUGAUGUGUUACUCAGGGUUGGUCAGAUGGCCUUCAGAGGAGUGUCCGAGAAGAAGAUUGUGUUUACAGAUGGAGAUUUGAUCAAGUACAAUCUGCAGCCUUCCCAGUUCCUGUCAGGGUUCCUGAUGGAGCUUUUGGAGAGAGAGGAUUCUGCCAGGAAUGUGGUGUACACAUUCCCACACCUCACCAUCCAAGAGUUUGCAGCUGCAGUCGCACAAUUCCUGAACCCACAUCCCGUGGAUAUCCUGAAAUUCCUCACUGAAGCCCACAGCAUGACAGAUGGGCGAUUUGAGAUAUUUCUCCGUUUUGUUGCUGGACUCUCCUCCCCAAUGACAGCUCGGGGCCUGGAGGAAUUUCUGGGUCCAUUUCCUCUUGAAACAGUCUGCCGGGUGAUUGACUGGGUGAAGGAGGAGGUUAAACGCCAGAGUGAAAACACAGAGAGUGAAGCCGGUAAAAGGAGCCUCCUGAACACAUUACACUACCUGUUUGAGUCUCAGAAUCGUGGGCUGGCUCAGGCCUCACUGGGAUCGGUGGAAACACUUUCGUUCCGUGGAAUGACACUGACUCCGAUUGACUGCGCGGUCCUGUCUCAUGUCAUCGGACUCUGCGAUACAAUAACACACCUCGACCUACAGAAGUGCCACAUUCAGUGUGAAGGAAUCCAGCGGCUGGGACCCGGGCUACACAAGUGCCAGGAGUUGAGACUUGGGCGGAAUGACCUGGGAGAUUCAGGAAUGAAACUGGUGUCUGCGGCUGUGAGGAACCCAGAGUGUGAAAUAAAGAAACUGUGGCUGGACAAUGUCCAUCUCACAGAUUCUGGUGCAGAAGAUCUCGCCUCCACUCUCGGUACAAACACAUCACUGACAGAGCUGGACCUGAGUGGUAAUAAACUGGGAGAUUCAGGAGUGAAACUGGUGUCUGCGGCUCUGAGGAAACCGGAGUGUAAAAUACAGAAACUGGAGCUGGAGGAAGUCGGUCUCACAGAUUCUGGUGCAGAGGAUCUCGCAUCCACUCUCGGUACAAACCCAUCACUGACAGAGCUGGACCUGAGUGGUAAUAAACUGGGAGAUUCAGGAGUGAAACUGCUGUCUGUGGCUCUGAGGAACCCGGAGUGUAAAAUACAGAAACUGGGGCUGGUCUAUGUCGGUCUCACAGAUUCUGGUGCCGAGGAUCUCGUCUCUGCUCUCAGUACAAACCAAUCACUGACGGGGCUGAACCUGAGAUCAAACUCUCUGACAGACCGAUCUGUCCCUGCUCUCCGCCGCUUCAUACUGACCCUCCCGAGUCUGGAGCGCAUCCAGCUGUGGGGGAAUCGAUUCAGUGAGACCGGGGAGAAGGAACUGAGAUCUCUACAGGAACCCAGGCCUGGACUGAGAGUGACCGUGUGAACAUCUGAAUGUGGUGAAUCGGUUCAGUGAGACCUGGAGGAAGGAACUGAGAUCUCUACAGGAACCCAGGCCUGGACUGAGAGUGACCGUGUGAACAUCUGAAUGUGUGAACAUCCCCGCCCGCGGGAUGGGGACAUCUUGGCCCGCCCUCCCCUUUAACUCUCGCCCUUACCUUUAAUGGUGUUGAUUCCCAACGGUUUUAACGGAACCAGCUCGGGACUCGCGCUGUGUGUCGCUCGGAGCGGUCCCGCAGUGACGUGUUUCCGCCUGUUGUCCGGCGGGGCAGCUUCCACCGGAUGUGUGUGUUCGAGAGCCCCACGUGACACCCCGGAGAAUUACCCGGACAGGAAGAGCCCGGGGGCCGGGGCUCAGUCUGGGACACCAGUAUCCCGGGGUGGGAUCAUCCCGGGAGAGAAUCCUUUUGCUCCCUUUGCUGAAGACGGUGCAUUUGACAGACUGGCCGAUAUAAUGAUGUUAAACGGACAAAUCCCUCGGCAGUGACCCUGGAUCAGCAGCGAUCCCGGACACGGCCCUGAAGUGUGAUUUUAUAAUCAUCGGUUCCCCGAUGCAGAGUGACGGUGAGAAAUGGAACUGAUUAUUCAAACUGUCACUCGUUGUCGCCGGUCAGUUAAUUGUGUGUGACUGUGAGUGAGUCGGGAGCAGCUUAUUUAUUCCCGCACGUCAGCAGCUCACACAUGGUUUAAUUUACAUUUGUCAUGAUGAAAUCAAUAAACCGCUGUAACUUCC